AUGGACAAGACUGUAGUGGGAGAGAAGAGAAUGUUGCAGUUGAAUGAGGUACAGGAUUUUCGGAAUGAGGCAUAUGAAAACGCUAAAAUCUACAAGGAACGAACUAAAGCAUGGCAUGAUAAGAAACUUGUACAAAGAGAAUUCCACUCGAGGCAGCAGGUGUUAUUAUUUAAUUCAUGGUUGAAGCUCUUUCUGGGAAAGCUGAAGUCUCGAUGGUCCGGGCCUUAUACAGUUGUGAAAGUAUUCCCAUAUGGAGUAGUUGAAGUAAGCAACGAGAAGAAAGGAACCUUUAAAGUGAACGGGCAAAGACUCAAGCCGUAUUUGGGGGGUCCCUAUGAUCAAGCCAAGUCGGUCGUCCUCUUGAACCCUCUAUGA